AAAGUGGACUGUACCUUUACUUUUUCAACAACAACUCAAAUUCUAUCUUCUUACUAAUCUAGAGCCUCUAAAUUAAUCCAAACGUCCAUGUAUUCAGUGCAAAGUUACUGACCGUUAUAUCUUACGUGUAUAAAAAAUAAUUUUAAUUUAGAAAGGCACAUCUCUACAAAACAUUGUGUUGCUGUUGACAUUUGAAUGGCGAAUGUUUUGCUACUUUGUCAUUUGUGUUUUCCCAAGUGUCGCGCAAUUCGACCAAAGGGAAAGUAGGCAUGACAGUUAGUUCAUAAUGUCGUUAAUUAAACUCUAAACCAUAAUAAAAACAGUUCAUAAUUCAACAAAUUAGUUAGUGUUCUAUUUAAAUUCAUAGUGCACGUAGCUAUAGAAAAUACUGUAUAAACGUAAACAAAAGAUGGAUAUGGAUAUAAUAAAGUGGAGAAACAAAGAAGUUUUAGAGUUAUUACAUAAAGAGAAGAUUUCCAGCUUCAUAACAGAUAUCUGCAAAGCACAAGAUAUAGAUGGACAGUGUUUGCUCUCCUUUGUUGACCGCGAUUUCUACGAGUAUCCCUUUGAUCAGCUGAAAUUGGGUGAACGAAAGAGGUUUAUCUUGUUGGUAAAAAAAUUACAGAGAAAUAAUCGAAAUGCGAUGUAUGAACUUGGAUUAUGUGAGGACCAAAUAUUAAAUAAUUCUGCUACUAAUAUUAAUUUCGUUGGCACCAACCUAUCGCAUUUAAGCUAUAAACUUCACAAACAGUUACAGAAUGAGUUAAACGCAAGAAAUACAGAUUGUAUAUCAAAUUUUACUCCAGAUGUGAAAGCUUCCAGAUUAAAACCUGAAGUUUGGAAAACUGCAAUUGCCUUAGGUUAUCUUUUCCUGGUGACCUGGGUGACUGCUGUAGUAAUGGUUAUCGUUCACGACAAGGUCCCAGAUAUGAAAAAGUAUCCUCCACUGCCAGAUCUUUUUCUUGAUAAUGUGCCCCAUAUUCCAUGGGCUUUUGAUAUGUGCGAGAUCACUGGAUCCUUGCUGAUGGCCAUUUGGCUUGCUGUGCUCUUCUUCCACAAACACAGGUUUAUAAUCCUAAGGAGGUUCUUCGCACUGGCUGGCACCGUGUUCCUGCUGCGAUGUUUCACGAUGCUGAUCACAUCACUGUCGGUGCCGGGCUCGCACCUGAAGUGUGAACCGCGGUUCUACCCGCCGGCGGACGAUCUCACCGUGUGGGGCCGCCGCUUGCGGCAGGCCUAUGACAUAUGGAGCGGCGCAGGAAUGUCGGUGCGCGGCGUGCGCACCUGUGGCGACUAUAUGUUCUCCGGGCAUACGGUUGCUUUAACACUCCUCAAUUUCUUUAUAACAGAAUACACGUCGCGCAGCCUAUACCUGCUGCAUAUACUAACGUGGGUGAUGAACAUGUUCGGAAUCUUCUUCAUCCUGGCGGCACACGAGCAUUACUCCAUCGACGUGUUCAUCGCCUUCUACAUUACGUCGCGCCUCUUCCUCUACUACCACACGCUCUCUAACAACCAGGCGCUCAUGCAGAGUGACUCCUCUAGAACAAGGAUAUGGUUCCCUCUGCUGUCUUUCUUCGAAUCCGAAGUCGACGGAAUCGUUCCAAAUGAGUACGAGGGGCCCAUGGAGAUAGUAAGCAAUUUAAAGCAGUGGCUGAUACAGCUCGCUAUAGAGGUAAAGAAUACUACAGUCGGCACCAAACUUCAGGAAGGGGCUGCGAUAGGAGAAUACUCCGUCGUGAAACUUGUCGACGGCAUCAAGAGGAACCUUAGUCUAAUAGAAGAAUAUAAGAGCUCUCGGCAGCGGCUAAUGACGCUCGAUAAAAACGUCCAAGCCGGCUUUCUAGAAGAAUUACCGGAUAAUGAUCUCAGACAUAAGAAUAUCGCAGACCUUACCGGCGACACCCCCUUUAGAGAAUUCAGCAAUCCUCCGUCUCCUAUCAUGAAAAAACAUAUAUGAGCUUUUAGUCAAUAAUGAUGCUCAUAAUAUUUUUAUAGCUGAAUGUAGAUUGGUUUAUCAGAUAUAAGCGUUUAACAUUUCCAUUUUAGAUUUUAUAUCAUGUUAUUCCAUAUUUAUAUGUUAAGUUAAAUAUGUAGAAAAUUACAAAGAUUUAUUUGCUCAAGAUAAUCAUGAAAAUAUACAGUAUGCUUAAAUUAUU